CCGGCGGAGACGCCGCGGGACCGGCCAGGGGACAGGGAGGAGCCGCGGGGAGCCGGGCACGGCACAGGACGGGCGGAGAGAGCGGCACCGCGGGGAGGGGACGGCAGGGGACACAGAGCGGGGACACGGAGAGCCGUGCAGUACUGAGAGCUGAGGAGACACGGAGGGAGCGGCGGGGACACGCGGCUACCGCACGGAACGCGUCGGUACGGGCUCUGCCCACGCUCUGCCCGCUGUCGCUCCUCACCUGCCCCAGGCUCGAUGCGGACCGGCGCUGGCCAUGGAGAAGCUGUACCUGGCGGGGAGCAGCACCUGGAUCAUCAACAGCUCCCUGGGGAACGGCAGCCUCCGGCUGGAGAGCCCGAGCGCCGGCAGGAACAGCACCGCCGACCCCCUGAAGAGGAACGAGGACAUGGCCAAGGUGGAGGUGACAGUGCUGUGCCUCAUCCUGUUCCUCGCCCUCACCGGCAACCUGUGCGUGCUGCUGGCCAUCCACACCACCCGCCACAAGCACUCCCGCAUGUACUUCUUCAUGAAGCACCUGAGCAUCGCUGACCUGGUCGUGGCCAUCUUCCAGGUGCUGCCCCAGCUCAUCUGGGACAUCACCUUCAGGUUCUACGGGCCAGACUUCCUCUGCCGCUUGAUCAAGUACUUGCAGGUGGUGGGAAUGUUUGCUUCCACCUACAUGCUCCUGCUGAUGUCCCUGGACCGCUGCCUGGCCAUCUGCCAGCCCCUGAGGUCCCUGCACAGGAGAGCUGACCGGGUCUCUGUCCUGCUCACCUGGCUGCUGUGCCUGCUGGUCAGCAUCCCGCAGAUCCACAUAUUUUCCCUAAGGGAUGUGGGGAAUGGGGUGUACGACUGCUGGGCAGAUUUCAUCCAGCCCUGGGGACCGAAAGCCUAUGUUACCUGGAUCACCCUCAUGGUCUAUAUCAUCCCUGUGUUGAUGCUGAGCAUCUGCUAUGGCUUAAUCAGCUUCAAAAUCUGGCAGAACGUGAAGCUGAAGACGGCUCACGGGCCCGGCGUGGGGCUGGGCUCGGGCUCCCGCGGCGGGAUGGUGUUUGCCAGGGUCAGCAGCACCAGGCUCAUCUCCAAAGCCAAGAUCCGGACAGUCAAAAUGACCUUUAUCAUCGUGCUGGCCUUCAUAGUGUGCUGGACUCCCUUCUUCUUCGUGCAGAUGUGGUCUGUGUGGGACAGCAACGCCCCGCAGGAAGAGGCACGAAGGGGCCAGGAGCAGCCAGACCAGCCGUGCUCAUCCUCGCUGCUGUGCGUCCUGUGGGAGCAAAGGGGCUGAGGAGAUGGGCUGGAGCACGGGGAGCAGGACAAAGGCUCCAUCUGCACUGCAGCCGCCUCACGGAGGGGACGUGCCCCUUGUCCGUGCCACGGCAGGUGCCAGUCCCACACCCCCUUGUCACCAGAAGGUGCCAGUCCAGCCCCUCAGGUGGGACAGUGGGUGCUUUGUGCUCUGGGGACAGAGAGCAGCAGCCAGGACUUGAUGUCCUGGCACUGCACUGGCACCGGGGGCUGCCAGGCUCCCGGACUGGGAAUGUCCUUCCUGGCAGGGCACUGCGUGGGGAACACUAAUUCGGGGGAAAGAUGGCUGGGAAAGGUGCUGGGAGAGCAGCGGGCAGAGGGCCGGGCUGGUGGGACAGCCCAGGAGCGGGGGACAGCCGGGACUGAGGAGCGGGGGACAGCCGGGACUGUCCCCCAGCCCGAGCGGGGCAAGCCGAGAGCCCGUCCCAAAUCAGCCGCUGCUGCGGGAGAGCGAGCCACGGCCCUGCCUGCCCCCAGAACGGCUCUGUCAUGGAAACUGCGAGGGCCGCGCUCCCUUGUCCUGCCGGGGCACCUUGGGCCGGGCAGGUUGUGCUGGUGCUGCGGGGCAGCUCUGCCUGCGGGGCGGAACGCGGCUCCUGCGGGAAAAGGCGGAACCCGAGAGGCUGGAGCUGGGGCUGGCCCUCUCCGUCCCGGCAGCAGCUCUCCCUUCCCAGAUGCUGGGAUUGAUGCUCUCCGUCCCGGUAGCACCUCUCCCUUCCCAGAUGCUGGGAUUGACGCUCUCUGUC